CUUCUUCAUGCGGACUCUGGACACGGAUCACUGAGCGCUUGCAUGCCUCAUAUGCAGGUUGUGGAACUAUAAUUAUGGGGCAUUGACUGCUUUCGGGAAAGAGCGCAUCGAUGCUGCGGAGAACCAUGCUGGCCACGAUGGGAUACAAAACAUCGAAGGGCUACCGUUAGACCUUGGGUCCCUGUCUUCCUGCGUACCCAUCAGCCAUAUUGAUGCGCAAAAUGGAAGCUCAACUCGCUGAUCUUCAAGCAGAAGUCAAGAGACUUCACAACAAGCUGCAAAAGGUGGAAGACGAAGCGGAGAUCCGAAAGACUCACUUCAAAUAUGGCUACUAUAUUGACAAGUGCCUAUAUUCAGAGGUUGUCGACAUGUUCUCAGACCACCCCGAUGCGUACGUAGAGUUUCUAGGCUCGCGCUACAGAGGCAAAGCCGGUAUUCGUCGUCUCUACCAAGGACGGUUCCAGCAGUACUUCGUGGCAGGCCGUAACGGUCCUGUUUACGGUUUCCUCUUGGAUCACCCAAUGCUUCAAGAUAUCAUUGACCGCGACACCGAGACCCAUGCUUGGGGCCGUCUCCGCGCUCUGAUGUCCGCCGGUACCCAUCAAAGUAUCCAAGAAGAGCAUCCUCGUGGUCAUGCUCAAUGGUGGGAAGGUGGCCUCUACGAGAACGAGUAUAUCAAAGAGAAUGGUGUAUGGAAAUUGUUCAGGUACCGCUACUUUCCUUUCUGGCACGCCGACUUUGAGCGAGGCUGGGCACACACCAAGAAGAAUUACAUCCCAUGGCCAACAAAGACGUACCCGGAGGAUCCUACCGGGCCAGAUGAGAUUAUUGAACAGAAGAUGCUCUGGCCUGAUACACGUGUGAUCCCAUUCCACUAUCCGCAUCCUGUGACUGGAAAGCACGUCAAAGAUGAUGAUCUGCGAGCUCCCCAUUAUGGUCAGGACGUCAGCACGUCGGAGCCACCAUUGACUCUAGCAUUGCCAAAAGAUCAGCAAGAGAGGUUGGAUAAGGAAAAGGUGACCGUUGCGGACAAAGUGAAGGAGAAUGGCGAGAUUGCUGAUGCCACGCCCGCCUAGGAAUGGACAGCGGCAGGCUAGAUCUUCGCCAAUGUCCCUAGCAGAAAGAUAGCAAUCUUCCCUCCUGGUCAAUCAGUGAGACCCGCUGUUCCUAUAGCCUCCGUGGAAAGACGUAAUUCCCAACACGAAGAAGACUGACUUUAUUUUGUCCAUACUGAUUACGGAAAUGGCCCUUCCCCACGGUCUCUACUGCAUGGUGGAGAGCCAGACUCCACAUACCCCAGAUUGCAGUCGAGGAUCUCGAGGAGGCACUAAAGGAAUUUCUGCUCCUGGCAUGAACAGAUUCCAGAAUCCGAUAAUGGACUCUUGCAGCCGCUGGUCCUCCGGCAAUU